AUGGCCGACAUUCGAGCUGAGACCAGUUCUCUCAAGCCCCAAUUCUUUGUCACUAGACAGAAUGGGGCCAUGGUGCCGCUCAUCGCAAUGGAUGAGCUACCUCAUCAUAUACAAAUCCGGAAUCUGUCCAGGACUCUAUCAACCUGGGACACAGCAGGCAUGACUGGGAUCGGAGUUGCCCCAAGCCGUCAUGAAUACUACAUCGUUGACGCCAUCAACAAUUCCAUCCCGCCAUUUGCUAGAUCCACCCAGCAAAAAGAGCCAUCAGUGGAAACAACGACUUUACCAAUCCGUUCCCCUCAAUCACCGGCCAGACCAACCGCCGUGCUCCGCAGGGACAUCAAGGAACACAAUCUGGAAAGUCUUGCUGAGGAGGGAAGAGCAUAUGGGGUCGAAGACCAGACGGCUUCAGAAGUGGACACGCCAAUCUCAACCAGUUCCCUCAUCGACUUUGAUAUUCCCAUGAGUAGUCCAAGUCCUACGGAGACCUCACCGACAAUCUCAGUCGGAUCGAGCGCUGUGAACGUCGCACGGCCUCAUGGCAAGAAAACCCACUGUGCCUACUGGAUGCGCAAAGGCGAAUGCGAUUUUGCUCAGACUGGUUGCAUCUACAAGCAUGAGAUGCCAACCGAUCUUGCUGGCCUACACGCAGUUGGUCUACAGGACCUUCCGAAAUGGUACCGUGAGAGAUACGGCAAGGGAAGUUUACUUGUUGGAAAUGGCCACAGCAGAUUGAGCCAUGGAAUCCAUGACAUGAACUGGAGACGAGGCUCGGGCCUUCAGGAGAUGUCUCGAGCUUCCAGCCGCCAAAGCUAUAUUUCCAACCGCUACUCCACUGCCAGCACCCCUUCUACCAACAAUCGUGGACGAAAGGCAGAUAAUCGAACUGCUGAGAGCUCAGCCGAUGAGCGUGUCGACGUCGAGGACGACAAGCAGACCAAUCUCGCACAAGACAAGCGAGAGUUGAUCAGACGACACGAAGAGGCGUUGAAUGCAGCAGCGCGAAAGCGAGAUGAAGAUGCCUUUAGGAAAGGUAAUCUCAUGAUGACUGGCUGGGCCCAUCCCAGUCUAAGACCGGUUUUUUCUCGUCGCGGACGGGCUUUACACCUUCGACGGGAGGUGAAGGAUGGAAAGAAAGACGGAAGUGCUAAGGUGGCUGCUGGAAGUGCUAAGGUGGCUGCUGGAAGUGCAUCGUCGUCGCGCACCACUACUCAAGGUAAAGCUGGAUCUGCUGAUGGUGAGGCGAAGAAGGCCAAAGGCACAUCCAGCGGAAGCUCAAAGUAG